UUGGGCAUUGGUCAAGACUCUGUCCAACAAAAACACCUAUUGUUGAACAGCGAACAGCGCUUUCACAAUUUACCCCAAUGACUCCUUUCAAUAUGGAGACUACUACGCAUUUCCCACUACCACCACCUAUACAUGCUAUACCUAUAACUUGCUGUGAAAAACCAUCCUUCAAUCAAUACCAGCAACUGACCCCAGUUCAUACCCCUAUUGAUGAUGAGUACGAAGAAGAAGAAUUAAUACCUCGACGAAAUUAUGUCAUAUUAGGAGACCAAGAUACUCAGCCAAUUCUCGCUGAACAAGAAGAUGAUCAAACGAUA